GGGCGGCGCGCGCCCCUGUGGCCGCGCGCGAGGCGGAGCGCGCGGUGGGACCGGCCCGCGCGGAGCCUCCCGGCCGCCUCAGCGCUCGGCGGGCAGCGAUGGCGCCGGGCAGAGCCCGCCGGCUGCUCGGCUCCCUCUGCAUCGCGCUGCUCCUCGGGCAGCCCGCGCCCGCCGCCGCCCGCAGCGGCUCCCACGGCCUCGCAGAAUCCCUUGUGAGAACCUUCACUCCUUUUUACUUUCUGGUGGAGCCCAUGGACGUCCUGUCAGUUCGUGGGGCUGCUGUUAUCAUGAACUGCUCCGCUUAUUGUGAGACUGCUCCGAAAAUUGAAUGGAAGAAAGAUGGGACUUUUCUCAACCUGGUGUCGGAUGACCGCCGCCAGUUGCUACCAGAUGGAUCUUUAUUAAUAAACAGUGUGGUGCAUUCCAAGCAUAAUAAACCUGAUGAAGGAUAUUAUCAGUGUGUGGCGACUGUGGAGAGCCUGGGGACUAUUGUCAGCAGAACAGCAAAGCUCACCGUAGCAGGCCUCCCCAGGUUCACCAGUCAGCCCGAACCGUCAUCUGUCUCUAAAGGAAACAGUGCAGUCCUUAACUGUGAAGUCAAUGUGGACCUUGCGCCAUUUGUGAGGUGGGAGCAGGAUCGCCAGCCAGUCUUUCUGGACGACCGGGUGUUUAAACUGCCAAGCGGAGCUCUGAUCAUUAGCAACGCUACUGAUGAGGACAGAGGACUCUACCGCUGCGUCAUUGAAAGUGGUGGGACCCCCAAAUACAGUGACGAAGCAGAGCUCAAAAUUCUUCCAGAUCCUGAGGAGGCACAGAGCCUGAUGUUUGUGCGGCAGCCGUCUUCACUUACCAGAGUCACAGGACAGAGUGCGGUCUUCCCAUGUGUUGCCGUAGGAUUUCCAGCUCCGUAUAUCAGGUGGACAAGAAAUGAAGAGGAGCUUAUCGCAGACAGCUCUGAAAGGUUUCUUCUGCUUGCGGGAGGCAGUCUGGAGAUCAGGGAUGUGAUGGAAGAGGAUGCGGGGACAUAUACCUGCAUCGCGGGCAGUGGAAAUGAGACGAUUGAGGCUCAGGCAGAACUUACAGUUCAAGUUCCUCCUGAAUUUCUGAAGCGGCCGGCAAACAUUUAUGCUCAUGAAUCGAUGGACAUUGUGUUUGAAUGCGAAGUGAUUGGAAAACCAACUCCAACGGUGAAAUGGGUCAAGAAUGGAGACAUGGUGAUCCCCAGUGACUAUUUCAAAAUUGUUAAAGAACAUAAUCUGCAAGUUUUGGGUCUGGUGAAAUCAGAUGAAGGAUUCUAUCAGUGCAUUGCAGAAAAUGAUGUUGGAAACGCACAAGCUGGAGCCCAGCUGAUAAUACUUGACCUUGAUGUUGCCAUCCCAACAUUACCUCCCACUUCACUGACCAGUGCCACUAAUGACCAUCUAGCACCAGCUACAACAGGACCGUUGCCUUCAGCCCCGCGGGACGUUGUGGCCACCCUCGUCUCCACUCGCUUCAUCCGACUGACAUGGCGGACGCCUGUAUCGGACCCUCAAGGGGACAACCUCACCUAUUCAAUCUUCUACACCAAGGAAGGUAUAAACAGGGAACGUGUGGAAAACACAAGUCGUCCCGGAGAGACACAAGUGACAAUCCAAAACCUGAUGCCUGAAACAGUUUAUGUCUUCAGAGUUGUGGCUCAGAACAAGCAUGGCCCCGGAGAGAGCUCGGUCCCGCUGAAGGUGGCGACUCAGCCUGAGGUUCAGCUUCCUGGCCCAGCACCCAACAUCCGAGCGUACGCCAGCUCACCCACCUCUGUCAGUGUCACCUGGGAAACGCCCUUGUCUGGCAAUGGAGAAAUCCAGAACUACAAGCUGUAUUACAUGGAGAAGGGACAGGACACUGAACAGGAUGUUGAUGUAGCAGGGCUCUCCUACACCAUUAACGGAUUAAAGAAGUACACAGAAUACAGUUUCCGAGUGGUGGCUUACAAUAAACAUGGCCCUGGAGUCUCGACCCAAGACGUGGUGGUACGAACGCUGUCAGAUGUCCCCAGUGCUCCACCACAGAAUCUGACGCUGGAGGUGCGGAACUCCAAGAGCAUAAUGCUGCACUGGCAGCCACCUCCUGCAGAGACUCAGAGUGGGCAAAUCACUGGCUACAAAAUCCGAUACCGGAAGGUGUCGCGCAAGAGUGAUGUAACUGAGAGCAUUGGUGGGACCCAGCUUUUUCAGCUAAUUGAAGGUCUGGAGCGAGGUACAGAAUACAGCUUUCGCGUCGCUGCCCUGACUGUGAACGGCACUGGGCCAGCUACCGACUGGGUGUCAGCAGAAACAUUUGAGAGCGAUCUGGAUGAAACGCGGGUUCCUGAAGUUCCGAGUUCCUUACAUGUCCGCCCGCUCGUCACCAGUAUUGUCGUGAGCUGGACUCCCCCCGAGAACCAGAACAUCGUGGUGAGGGGCUACGCCAUCGGGUACGGGGUGGGCAGCCCUCACGCGCAGACCAUCAAGGUGGACUAUAAACAGCGGUACUACACCAUUGAAAACCUAGACCCGAGCUCCCACUAUGUCAUAACUCUGAAAGCGUUCAACAACGUUGGGGAAGGAAUCCCUCUCUACGAGAGUGCCGUGACCAGGCCACACUCAGACACUUCCGAAGUUGAUUUGUUUGUUAUUAAUGCUCCAUACACUCCAGUGCCAGAUCCGUCUCCCAUGAUGCCCCCGGUGGGAGUUCAGGCUUCCAUUCUGAGCCAUGACACCAUACGGAUCACUUGGGCAGACAACUCUCUGCCGAAGAACCAGAAGAUCACGGAUGCUCGCUACUACACGGUUCGCUGGAAAACCAAUAUCCCUGCCAAUACAAAGUACAAGACCGCAAAUGCAACCACUCUGAGCUAUUUAGUGACGGGGUUAAAACCGAAUACCUUGUAUGAAUUCUCUGUGAUGGUGACUAAAGGUCGAAGGUCAAGUACUUGGAGCAUGACAGCACAUGGAACGACUUUUGAAUUAGUUCCUACUUCUCCACCCAAAGACGUGACUGUGGUGAGCAAAGAGGGAAAACCUCGGACAAUAAUCAUUAACUGGCAGCCUCCGUCUGAAGCCAAUGGCAAAAUUACAGGGUACAUCAUUUACUACAGCACGGAUGUGAAUGCCGAAAUACAUGACUGGGUUAUUGAACCUGUGGUGGGAAACAGGCUGACCCAUCAGAUACAAGAACUGACCCUUGAUACGCCGUAUUAUUUCAAAAUCCAGGCCCGCAACUCGAAGGGCAUGGGGCCGAUGUCUGAGGCUGUCCAGUUCAGAACCCCCAAAGCUGAAUCCUCAGAUAAAAUGCCUAAUGAUCAAGCUUCAGGAUCUGCAGGGAAAGGCAGCCGCCCGGUGGACAUAGGACCAGAUUACAAACCACCGCUUGGUGGCAGUAACAGUCCCCAUGGAAGCCCUACUUCUCCCUUGGACAGCAACAUGCUCCUUGUAAUCAUCGUCUCCGUUGGAGUGAUCACCAUUGUCAUAGUGGUGAUAGUCGCUGUCUUCUGCACUCGCCGUACGACUUCUCACCAAAAAAAGAAACGAGCUGCCUGCAAAUCAGUGAACGGGUCCCAUAAGUACAAAGGCAACUCCAAAGAUGUCAAGCCUCCGGACCUCUGGAUCCAUCACGAAAGGCUGGAGCUAAAACCUAUUGAUAAAUCUCCAGAUCCCAAUCCAAUCAUGACAGAUACCCCAAUCCCUCGCAACUCCCAAGACAUCACCCCAGUUGAUAAUUCCAUGGACAGCAAUAUCCAUCAAAGGCGGAAUUCCUAUAGAGGGCAUGAGUCGGAGGAUAGCAUGUCCACACUGGCAGGAAGAAGGGGGAUGAGGCCCAAGAUGAUGAUGCCUUUCGAUUCUCAGCCACCCCAGCCUGUGAUUAGUGCUCAUCCCAUCCAUUCACUCGAUAACCCUCACCAUCAUUUCCACUCCGGCAGCCUCGCUUCUCCAACUCGCAGCUAUCUCCAUCACCAGGUCAGCCCGUGGCCGAUUGGCACAUCCAUGUCCCAUUCAGACAGGGCCAAUUCCACAGAAUCUGUUCGGAACACACCCAGCACAGAUACCAUGCCGGCAUCCUCGGCUCAGGCGUGUGCUGACCACCAGGAUCCUGAAAGCGCCACAGGAUCUUACUUGGCUAAUGCACAAGAGGAGGAUUCAGCCCAGAACCUCCCUACGGCACAUGUCCGGCCUUCCCACCCACUGAAGAGUUUUGCGGUGCCGGCAGUUCCACCUGCGGGCGCCAGCUAUGACCCUGCACUGCCCAGCACACCGUUACUGACCCAGCAAGCUCCGAACCAUCCAGUUCACUCGGUGAAGACAGCGUCGAUUGGGACUUUAGGAAGAACUCGACCUCCUAUGCCAGUGGUGGUUCCCAGUGCCCCUGAUGUGCAGGAAACCACCAGGAUGCUUGAGGACUCGGAAAGCGUAGAACUACGAACCGGAUGAGCUGACCAAAGAGAUGGCCCACCUGGAAGGACUGAUGAAGGACCUUAACGCCAUCACUACAGCGUGACCACCUUCGCCAGGACGUGACUCCAGACAAGUCUUGGGACUCAGCCUUGGAACACAAGGAAUUGUACAGAGGAAAAUAAAAAACAAGAGGAAAAAAACAGGAAGAGGGACAGCACACGAGAGCCCACACAGUACACGAACGAACCAGCCAGCGCAUUCGUGCUGCAGCUGGUAAGAGAGGUGACCUUUCUUUUCAUCGUCCUGCAAGGAAGUCAUUGCCAGGUGGAAUUCCAUUUAGCUGCUGAGACCGUGCAGGGUGGGACGCAUCGGGCUGACAUCCAGCAUCUGGACAAAACGAAAAAAGGUGGACUUCCCGUUUUUUUUUCUGGUCAGGUUUUGUCUCAGUGGUGUGGUUGCCCUGCCUUUUCAGUGUUGGACAUUUGCUUUUAUGUACAAUUUUAUUUGUGUUUUUAUUUUAUCUUUUUUUAUAAAAAGGAAAAAACUAUCGUAAUCAAAAAAAAAAAAAAGGAGAAACUGUUGUUUUCCACAGCCUAGACCGACGUUUGACUGCUUGUUCUAUUGUGUAUGAAAAUUCAUUGCCAGCGUGGGUUGUUCUGUUUUGGUUUUUAUUCUGCGUAUAAUUACGUCCCCUUCUGGCAGUUAAUCCAUGGCCUUUGGGAUGCUGCACUGCUAUUUGUAAGCUUUUUUUAUUAUUUUUAUAUUAUAAUUAUUAAAGCCUGACUUUCUCCUCUCAUCACUGUGAGAUUACCAGUCUGUUUGAAUCGAAGUGUAAUUUGAAAGGCUUGUUUGUCGCUUUUUGUGCAGUUUUAAUAUUUUGAGUGGGGAAAAGUAGACGGGGAAGGGGAGGGGAUCCCGUGGGAGGUUUCAUUAUCAUUUUCCUGUCUUUCUACAUUGACUCGAAAGACUGAAGGAAACUAAAGCAUCUUCUGUAAUGUCCUUCCUUGUACCUUCAGCAUCCUCUGUCCCUGGUUACCAGAUUGCAGUGAGACUCAUUUAGAAGCAUUAAAAAGCUUCCUCCUGAAAGCAGGGCUCCUUCUAUUGGGGUGACGCUACAGCUUAUUUCGGCAGCGGGGCUCUGCCUUGUUGGUGGUAGUUUAAAGAUGGCAUCACAAAACUUCAGGGCGCAGAUUGAGCGCGGAGCUGUUGGUGCAGGCCAUGAUGGGCAGCACCCGCGGCUCCUCUGCUUCCCUCGGAGCCACCUGCGCCUCCCAGGAGAGGGAGGUGGGGACUGCUUUGCAGCAGCAGCACAGCACCACGUCUUACUGUGAGAACACUGCAUGCCCACAGGGUCCUUCGGCGCCCAGCCCAGCCCCAGCGCGGUUCUGCUGUCCCAAGCCAAUUACACAAGAAUCCUUCCCUUAAGGAUUCCUCAGAGACACAAGCAAGGCAAAAAUGUAUUUUUUUUUUUACACUCUGGAGACCAAUUUAAAAGCAAAUGCAUAUUAGUGACUCCAGAGCUGUUCCUGUGCCUGCCUAGAAAGGAAGGAAAGCUAAGAGGGAACUCCUGUGCGAGUGGAAGGAGUGGGGCUUUUCUUUUGCCCUGGUACGGCUGCCUGGCUCUGCCUUACGCGAUGGGGAGGAACGGCUUAAAGAGAGGGACUGUAUUGUAGUAAAAAGAAAAGGAAACCAUACCCAGCUGCCGAACGAACAUGUGCAAUUUCACUUUUAUGGUGAAAGGAAACUCAAAACUUACUGGUGCUUCAGAUGGUGAAUCUGCUCUUCUUGAGCAUCGGAUCUGUGACCACGGGAGCUCAGCGGUGACGGUGGAGGCCAGGCAGGUAGCAGGCGCCGCACGUGCAGGUGCCUCUAUGGCUGUGCCUGCUGAAACAUGAAGGGAAAUGCUAUGGGCUGCUUAAAUUGAAAUAUAAAACUCAAGAACUUGGGUCCAUUUAUUUCUUUUAUCGGUGUGAUUAAAACUUGAAGCUCUGGGCCCUGUCAGUAACAGAAGGGAGAGCCAGUGGAUCAGCCGGAGAGCAGCAGGGGCUGGACUUGAGGCUUCCCUUCCCUUCUUUUCCUGGACUCUGUGUUGCCAUUUCUAGGCCAUUUCCUGGUUUUAUUUAUUAUUUGAGGGGUGGGAAGGAAUCAAAUGCCUCAGAGCACUGUGGGCCACCUGGAUAAUUGAUGUUUGGGCUUCUGAUCAAUCCAAUUCAGGGCAAAAAUAAGCUACAGAAUAUGUAUUUAAAUAAUAAACUACACACUCUGUCCAGAGAGGAGGGGGGUUUGUUUCCCUUUGCCUAUUUUUUACCUGUACCCAAAGAGAUGCCAUUGUACACAAGCAGUAUUCCUAGCUGGUGGGUCUUUGUGAAUAUUACCUAUGUAUAACACCAUGAAUGUUAAUAUCGUCAUUGAAUUGGGGCGGGGGAAUAUUUUUAAUGAUAAAACAACUGUUCAAAGUUGGUUUUUUAAGGUUAAACUAAAAGAAAAAAAAAACAUUUAUUCAGUGUACAAUCUGUAUUGCACUUUUUUCACAUUUUAAUGCUACGUUUUCUUACCUAUCCUGUGAUUUUCAAUUUGGAACAUUGUGUACCCUUGUAGCGUCCUUGUCGAGCUGUUCCCUGGCAGCUUCCCUCAGCGGCACAGGGGGAGAAAACCAACCCUGUACAUUGGUUUAUGAUUCCCAUGUAGAAGGAUUUUGAGGACUGCUGUAGACGUCUCCCUUUCUGUACAUUUUUUUGCUUUUCUGUAGUGUUUGCUGUAUACUCUAUGGCUUUUUUUAAUACCUUCAUGUUUAUUAUUUUGUAUUGGACAUCCAAUACACUUUUUUUAAU